GCAUAAGAAAGAAAAAAAUCCAGUAGAAGACUUUAAAUGGAUGAAAAAUAUGACAAGAUAUAUAUAUGGUAAAAAUCCAGAAUGGAGCAAGCGAUGGGAUUCUUGUACAUCGUUGUAUAUUCCCUGCAAUGUAGAAAUGAAGCACUGGAUUGCACUUAAAGUGGACUUUGCCGAACGGACUAUAUAUGUAUAUGACAGCAUGAAGAGUUUGACUCGUUUUGGAAAAUUGCAAAAAAUCAUUCAUCCAAUUGUGAAGGUGAUUCCUAGAAUGAUGAAGGAAAGUUUGUUAUUCGGGGAAAACUACCCACACAAGCAGUUUCUAUGGCGUCGACAUACAGACGUUCCACAACAAAACAAUGCGGGAGAUUGUGGGAUGUACGUUAUCAAGUUCAUAGAGCUUUUAUCGGCGGGAUUAGACGUGAAACUUAUGUCCGAUACUAUGAUUGACAGUUGGAGGAAGAAACUAGCCGUUGAAGUUUUUGCUAUGCAUUUCGAUCCAUAAUUGUUUUUUCAGUAUAUUUUGCACAUUUAUGUGGUUGGAAGAUUGAGAACUCUGAUGCUA